UGGGCGGGGCUGGUGCUGGGCAGGAGCAGGGGCAGGGGCAGGAGCAGAGGCGGGGCGGGAAGCCGCCCGGGCUGUGGUCGCUGGCAACGCCCGGACGCCGCCAGGAGGGUGCGAGCCACCCGCCCCUUCACCCGCUGGAGGCUGCCGCGCCGCCGGGUCACCAGAGGGGAGGCUCCGAGGGGCGCCGGGCCCACCGCAACCGGUGGAGAUGACCACCAGGGUCCGGACGGCGCCGUACUGGGGCCUAUUGUCCUUCAAGGAUGUGUCCAUGGAGUUCUCAUGGGAAGAAUGGCAGCUGCUGGAUUCUACACAGAGGUACCUGUACAGAGAGGUGAUCCUGGAAAACUACAGCAACCUAUUGUCAGUGGGAUAUCAUGGUGCCAAACCUGAUUUAGUCUUCAAAUUGGAGCAAGGAGAAGAGCCGUGGAUACUAAAUGCCAAAAUGUCCACUCAGAACUUUCCAGAAGUCUUGGAAGAAUGGUACCAGAAAAAUCAAGAUGAGCUUAAACGUGUUGAGAGAAGUUAUGCUUGUAAUAUGUUCAGAAAACUUCAUGUAAGCAAAAUGCACGUUUCUUCAAGACAGAGAUUUCAUAAGUAUAACACACUUGGGGAAAGCUGGACACAAAAUUUGAGUUCAAGCAGAAGUUAUAUAAGAAAGAUUCCUGAUGGUUUUUAUGGUUGUGAGGAAUCAUAUUUUCUUGAGCAUCAAAGAAUUCAUAGCAUAGGAAAAAACUGUGUGUGUAACGAAUGUGGGAAAGCCUUCCGUUGUAGGUCACAGCUCAUCGUGCACCUCAGGAUCCACACGGGCGAGAGGCCUUAUGAGUGCACCAAAUGUGAAAGAGCCUUCAGUGCCAAGUCCAACCUGAACGCCCACCAAAGAGUCCACACUGGAGAGAAGCCCUACUCGUGUGCCGAGUGCGGGAAGGUCUUCUCUUUCAGGUCGCAGCUCAUCGUCCACCAGGAGGUCCACACAGGAGGGAAGCCCUAUGGUUGCAGUGAAUGCGGGAAGGCCUACAGUUGGAAGUCUCAGCUCAUUUUGCACCAGAGAAGCCACACGGGCGUGAAACCCUAUGAAUGUAAUGAGUGUGGGAAGGCCUUCAGUUUGAAGUCCCCAUUCGUUGUACACCAGAGAACUCACACAGGAGUGAAGCCUCACAAGUGCAGUGAGUGUGGGAAAGCCUUUAGGAGUAAGUCCUACCUCCUGGUUCACACCAGAAUGCACACAGGAGAGAAGCCCUAUCGGUGCAGCGACUGUGGGAAGGCCUUCAGCAUGAAGACACAGCUCGCAGUGCACCAGGGUGCUCACACAGGGAGCAGCCCUCACCAGUGCAGCCAGUGCGGGAAGGCCUUUGGCAGGAAGGAGCAGCUCACCGCUCACCUUCGUGCCCACGCCGGGGAGAAGCCCUACGGGUGCAGCGAGUGCGGAAAGGCCUUCAGCAGCAAGUCGUACCUGGUCGUCCACAGGAGGACGCACACAGGAGAGAGGCCCUACGAGUGCAGCCUGUGUGAGAGGGCGUUCUGUGGGAAGUCACAGCUCAUCAUCCACCAGAGGACUCACUCCUCAGAGAAGCCCUACGAGUGCAGCGAGUGUGAGAAAGCCUACCCCAGGAAGGCAUCCCUUCAGGUCCACCAGAAGACCCACUCAGGAGAGAGACCUUUCAAGUGCAGCGAGUGUGGGAAAGGCUUCACUCAGAAGUCCUCCCUCAGUGAGCACCAGAGAGUCCACACGGGAGAGAAGCCAUGGAAGUGCUCCGAGUGUGGGAAAGCCUUCUGUUGGAAUUCAGGGCUCCGCAUACAUAGGAAAACGCACAGGGGGGACAUCCGAGUGAUGAAGUGAACGUGAGAGGCUUUCUCGCGGGUGCAGAUGCUCUGCAGACCUCAGAGGGCCAGAGUGAUGACCAGAGGUCCUGAAAAUGCACUUGCAUCAACAAGUCGUGGGAGAGACCAGUGCAGCUGGAAAGAGCAUGAGAAGCCCUCAGGAGUCAGUCUCAGAAGGACUGAAGGGAUGGGAGGCAGGCAGCGCACCAAGUAAGAUGAGGGGUAUUCGCACUGAGAACACCUUUCAAGUUUACUCAGUCACAGAAUCAUUUUCCAUAGGAACUGUGUUGCAUGGAAAGCCACAUUCCAAAUUUGAAGAUAUGUUUUUGUAAAAUAAAAAAAUCUUAUUAUAAACAAUGGACUUUUUCAUGGGGAAGUAUAAAGUCUUUCAUUUCUUUUUAAUAUGUAGAUAAAGUAAAAUCACAAGGUACUUGUUCUGAAAGUUAAGGAAUAUUUUGUGUGACUUUCCUUAAUGAACACUGAAUGGCAUUUUUCAAGACUUUGAUAUUUUAUUUUUUAAUGUAACUUGUUAUAUAUAUUUGAUAGUUUGUGACAUAACACCCCCAGUAUUCUCCAUAUUAAAUGCUAAGUACCAGCAUUGUCUCUAUUUCUUAGCACUAGAACUGAGAACUUGUUGGCUUAUGAUUGGAAGCGUAGAGUCCUGCCCACACCUGUGUCGCUUCCUGAGUAGUCAUGUCCAGGAGCAGGUCAGAACAGGCCGCAGGGCUGCUCCUUGAGAGAACACAUUAUGCCAGGCUGGUGGCCACGCCUAUAAUUCCAGUGACUUGGGAGCUGAGGCAGGAGGAUGGCAGGUUCAAGGCCAGCCUCAGUAACUUAGCAAGGCCCUCAGCAACUUAGUGAGACAUAUCUCUAAAUAACAAAUAAAAAGGGCUAGAAUGUAGCUCAGUAGUAACAGCACCCUGGUUCAAUCCAUAGUACCUCCCCCACCAAAAGAAACAAAAAGCACAUGGUGACACAUACCGUGCCUGUGAGCAGGUCUGUCUGUUCACUGACGGGUAGGAGCGGGCCUGUUUUCUCUGGAGGAACACCUCCUCUGUCCUGUGCUGUCAGGUUGUCCUUCCCACUGGCCAGCAGGAGAGCAUUAUGCCCCCUUGCUGGACAAGGAUGACCUCUUUCUCAGGAUUCUAAAAUUCACUCUCACAUGAACAGGAAUGAGUGUGGGAACUCAUUCAUUAUCUCAGGAUUCUGUUGAGGUCAUUAGUUCUGCUAAAUUGGUUCCCCGAGUAAGUUUGCAUGUUCUUCUGCUUGGGCCUUUUGUGUGCUUACAUACAACAGUAUAUGUGUGUGUGGUGCAGGAGUCUUGCUUAAGAUAAUGAAUUUCUCUUUCUUACAAUGUAAGGGCUUUAAUGGAAAGCUGUUGCCCUGGGGUGCUGUAUGGUGACACAUUUUUAGAGAAAAGUGGGUUAUAUGGUGUUUUCCUGACAUGAGAAGAAAAUUAGAUUCCUGUUUAUAUCCUAAGAUAAGAACUUUUUGACCCUUCAUGUUAAAUAGUAUUAUUGCCUGUGUACACCUAGAAUCUGUGACUUCUGCCAGUGAGAUGUUGGGACAUUGAGAAACUGUUGCCAUGGAAAAAUCUUAAAUGAUAAGGAAGUUGUGACCAGAGAUGGUUUGGUAGCUUGGAUCAACAGAACCAUGUCAAAGGUUGGAGUGGUAGGAAAUAGAUGUGGCAUUCCUGGAGAACUUAAGUUGUGGUAGAAGAAGAAAUGCAA